AUGAAGAUUUUCUUCAUAAUUAUCUCUGCAGAUGUAUAUGAGUCUACACAGAGAAUAUUUGCUUGUUUCUUUCUUUCUUUCUUUCUUUCUUUCUUUCUUUCUUUCUUUCUUUCUUUCUUUCUUUCUUUCUUUCUUUACUGUUUAUUAUCUAUCUAUCUAUCUAUCUAUCUAUCUAUCUAUCUAUCUAUCAAUCUCAGCCUGGCCAUAUCUAUCUAUCUAUCUAUCUAUCUAUCUAUCUAUCUAUCUAUCUAUCUAUCUAUCUAUCUCAGUAUCUGUCCAGUCUGUCCAUAUCAUCUAUCUAUCUAUCUAUCUGAAGUUGAACGUCAAAAACGACAUUAUUUUUGUAACCAACAUAAUAUCUAUCUAUUCUAUCUAUCUAUCUAUCUAUCUAUCUAUCUAUCUAUCUAUUCAUUAUUCUGUAUCAUUCUAUCUAUCUAUCUAUCUAUCUAUCUAUCUAUCUAUCUAUCUAUCUCAGUCUGUUCAUUAGCUAUCUAUCUAUCUAUCUAUCUAUCUAUCUCAGUCUGUUCAUAUCUAUCUAUCUAUCUAUCUAUCUAUCUAUCUAUCUAUCUAUCUAUCUAUGUCUGUUUCUUUAUCCUUCUGGUUCAUUCUUUCUCUCUUUCUUUCUUUCUUUCUUUCUUUCUUUCUUUCUCAAUUAUCUAUCUAUCUAUCUAUCUAUCUAUCUAUCUAUCUAUCUAUCUAUCUAUCUAUAGUCAGUCCUUCUUGCAAAAUAAUUGA